UGCGGCACCGUGAAUGUAGAACUUCCGGCGGAACAGCAUUGUCGCAGAUAAUCACGUGAUCGAGGAUCGACUUCUUCGUUUGUGGCCACGAGGUUUUUGUGGUGAAAAUUAAGUUUAUCGUGUGGAAAAGGCCCUAUAUUUUUGUAUUUAUACAAAAAUGCCCUCCAGCAAUCCCUUGCCACCCAAAGAAAAUGCCUUGUUUAAGCGAAUUCUGAGAUGUUAUGAACACAAACAAUAUAAAAAUGGGAUAAAGUUUGCAAAGCAAAUUUUAUCAAACCCUAAAUUUAGCGAACAUGGAGAGACCUUGGCAAUGAAAGGUCUCACUCUAAACUGCUUAGGUCGCAAGGAAGAAGCCUAUGAUCAUGUCCGGCGUGGUCUCAGGAACGAUUUGCAGUCUCAUGUUUGUUGGCACGUUUAUGGACUUCUACAGCGCUCGGAUAAAAAAUACGAUGAAGCCAUUAAGUGUUACAGAAAUGCCCUUAAGUGGGACAAGGAUAACAUACAGAUUCUUAGGGAUUUAUCACUGCUUCAAAUUCAAAUGAGAGAUCUGGAGGGUUAUAAGGACACAAGAUAUCAAUUAUUUAUGUUACGCCCCACACAGCGCGCAUCAUGGAUUGGUUUUGCGAUCUCAUAUCAUUUGUUAAAGGAUUACGAAAUGACCCUAAAAAUAUUAGACACUUUUCGGGAUUCUCCUAUGAUUUGUUAUGAUUACGAACAUAGUGAGUUGCUGUUAUACCAAAACAUGGUUAUCCAAGAAUCAGGGGAUUGUGAACAAGCUCUGAAACAUCUUGACAAGUAUAGUGAUCAAAUUUGUGAUAAAGUUACUGUAAAAGAAACAUACGGUAAAUUAAGACUACAAUUAAAACAAUAUGCAGCAGCGGUACAGGUUUAUAAGGAUCUUUUAAAUAUAAAUCCUGAAAAUACAACUUACUAUAUUAGGCUAGCAGAGGCUGAAAGACACGAAAAACCCGAAGAAACUUUAGCUAUGCUCCAAAGAUACGAAGAACUGUUUCCUCGAGCGCUAGCACCGCGUCGUUUACAAUUAAAUUACGCUUCAGGGCCUGAAUUUCAAACAUUAGUCGAUCGGUACUUACGAAGAGGUCUUCAUAAAGGUGUACCACCUCUGUUUGUAAAUCUUCGUUCCCUGUAUAGCAAUCAGCACAAAAGUUUUAUUAUUCUGACUUUGGUUCUACAAUAUAAGAAAGCAUUGAAGGAACAUGGGCAUUUUAGCAACGAAGAUAAAGAUAAUCCGCGAGAGCCUGCUUCCGCAUUACUGUGGACUUAUUACUAUUUAGCACAACAUUACGAUUAUCUUGGACUCACGGAAAAAGCACUGAACGAAAUCGAUGCUGCCAUAGAACAUACUCCUACUCUUAUAGAACUUUUUGUUACCAAAGGUCGCAUUUACAAGCACGCCGGUAAUGUUCAAGAAGCUUACAAGUGGUUGGACGAAGCACAAGACUUAGAUACCGCGGAUCGAUAUAUCAACUCGAAAUGUGCCAAGUAUAUGUUGCGCGCGAAUCUUAUCAAGGAAGCGGAAAAGACAUGCGAGAAGUUUACGAGAGAGGGUGUCCUAGCUAUGGAAAAUCUAAACGAAAUGCAGUGCAUGUGGAUUCAAACGGAAGCCGCCAAUGCUUACCAACGUCUUGGGAAAUACGGAGAAGCGUUGAAGAAAUGCCACGAAGUCGAUAGGCAUUUUUCCGAAAUCAUUGAAGAUCAAUUCGACUUUCAUACUUACUGUAUGAGAAAGAUGACUUUAAGAUCAUACGUGGGUCUUUUAAGGUUAGAGGAUGUGCUUCGAGCUCACCCAUUUUAUUUCAAAGCAGCGAAAUGUGCAAUGGAAGUUUACUUACGGCUGCACGACAAUCCUUUGCCCGAUCCAACGCAGGCGCAAGAAAUCGACACUGAGAACUUGGCGCCGUCCGAACUGAAGAAAUUGAGAAACAAGCAGAGGAAGCAACGCAGAAAGGCUGAACUGGAACGACAACUGGCUGCUCAAGCUCAAGAAAAGAGGGAACAACACAAUAAAUCGCGGCAACAGGCCGAUCCCGAUUUAGAGCAACCCACGCUAGAUGAACUUAUACCGGAGAAAUUGGAAAGGGUCGAGGACCCCCUGGAACAGGCGAUCAAGUUUUUACAACCGCUGCAGAAAUUGGCAGCGAAUAGAAUAGAGACACAUCUUAUGGCGUUCGAGAUCUACAUUCGCAAAGGUCGCAAGUUGCUGAUGUUAAAGUCGAUAAAACGCGCACAUGGGCUGGACCCGAACAAUCCAGACCUUCACUCGUGUCUGGUACGCUUUAUGUUGCACAUUUCUCGCUCGCCGUUGGUAGGAGCGGUACGCGAAGUCGUGAAACGGCAAACCGCCGGUAUAUACAGGAGUUUAACGCCGAUGCAAUUGAACAGAGAAUUCCUGAAGGCGAAUCGAAAUUCAUUGCCGCAUCUCCUUCAGGCCGCGAAGAUGAUGUACGUGAUCGAUCCAGCCGAGCAUGCAAAAGCUCUGUUCCUCGUGUUAAACUUUGAUCUCGAAUCGGUAACGUUGCAGGAUUGCACGAAAGUGCUGGAAUCGUUACGCAACGGCGAACUGGGACCAUUCUUGCCCUCGUUGCUCGACGAUUUCGUGGUGCGAUGCCAUAAACGUUUUCCGUACGCGACCGCGUUCCGACCGCCGGAAACAAAGGUGACGGCCAAUCACCAAGAGAAAGAGAAUUUCAUCAAGAACUGAUCCAGGCACGCGCUCGUCAGCGUCGCUGAAUCUCUUUGUAGUUAGACGAGGCAAUG